GUAUAUAGCUUCAUACCUACCAUACUUCAAGGUGAGCGGACCGCCGACAAGUGGCUCUUCUAUUGGACUUACAGGAACACAGCUUCAGAUCCAUCUCAUGAGGUUGGCCUGAAGAAUGAUUAAAACAAACUGGGCGCUGAUUGGCUGCCUGGGCCUGGUCCUGGCAGUAACACUACAGCUGGGUGCGUCUUUAGACACCAUCGUGGAAGAAAAGGCACCUAACUACACCACCGCCCUCAACGGCAACUGCUCCAAGAAUCAGUUCCUCUACUGCGAUCUGGAGGCCAUCUGUACGGAGCUGGUCAACAACCAGUCCUACUGCAAGUGUCCGGAAGCAAACACUGGUGACGGUCUCAAGAACGGUACUGGCUGUGGAAAAAUUAUCUACAACUGCCAUGACAACUCGGGCUGCCACCCAUAUGCCACGUGUGUAAACCGGACAUGCAAGUGCAAGGACGGAUACAGGGGGAACGGCAACACUUGUAACGACAUCGACGAAUGCGACAUAGAAAACCCGUGUCCAAAAUAUUCUUUAUGCCACAACGAACCUGGUUCCUAUAACUGUACCUGUCAGCCGAGGUUCGAGCGUAUAGGGAGCGAAUGCAUCUUCAAAUGUCGCGUGAACCGUGACUGCCACGCGAACGGCAGGUGCGAGAACCAGGAGUGUCAGUGUCUUCCGGGGUUCGCCGGGGACGGCAUCGGAAGCUGUGAUAACAUCAACGAGUGCACGGAAGGUUCAUUCGAGUGCUCGCCGGACGCCAACUGCCAGGACACAGAGGGGGAUUACACGUGCGUGUGUAAAGACGGCUUCAGCGGGGACGGCAAAAUAUGCGAACGAUUGCCAACAAGCUGCGACGAAAUCUUCCGGAACGCCUCCUCCUCGCCGUCUGGGAAGUACAUCAUCGACACCGACGGCACUGGACCCGUCAAAGCUGUCGAGGUGACUUGUGACAUGCGCAAAGAUAUGGGCAUCACUGUGAUUUAUCCAAAUGACGAGAAUGUCAGGAAGUCCAAGGGGAGCGGCGAGGAUCUCCCUGUGCCUUACACUGCCACACCCGACCAGAUCAAACCUCUGGUGGAUGGAUCUCAGUUCUGUUCUCAGGAGUUCUGGAUAAAGUGUGCUUCAUACUACGACCUUGCGGCCCAUGUUUCCUGGACAGACGACAAGAACAACACACGCACUGGCUGGGGAACAUCACACCAGGGCACGUGUCCGUGCGGCGUACUCGGAGUGUGUAGAAACCCUAAAAGUGUCUGCAACUGUGACGGACAAAACCCCUCUCGGUCAAUUGAUACAGGUAUCAUUGUGGACAAGGCCGAGCUUCCUGCUGUAGAAGUGAAGUUUGACAACAAUGGUCGAAUUGUAGACUGGACAGUUGGACCUUUAAAGUGCGGACCUAAACCAAUAGAUAUUCUCAAGAACUGCCACGAGAUAAAGCAGAAGCUGAAGGUGAAGCUGAGUGGUCCACAGCUCAUUGACGUGGACGGCCCCAACGGCCCCCUCGAUCCCAUCCUCGUUCACUGCGACAUGGAAUCUAAUCCAAACCUCGGGAUCACAGUCAUACCUCAUGACGGGAAUGAGGAAGUUGAGUUCACUGAAACGGGGUCCAAGCCUAUCAACUACCUCGUUCCGCUCCCGGCCGUUGAAGCACUCAUCAAGGGAUCUGUUUUCUGUGACCAGUCAUGGUCUUAUGAAUGCCAGAACGGCAAACAGGAUGUAAAGGUGGGAAUUGGUCAAGAUGGCCGCCCCCUCAGCUACCUCCCCGGGGGUCUUCCCGAUGAGGACGGGUCCUGUGGGUGUGGCGUGACAGACACGUGUGAGGAGCGUGGCUCCAAAUGUAAUUGUGCCAUAGAUGACGGUAAAACCAGGAAGGACUUCGGGAUCCAGAUCGACAGGAACGAUCUUCCUAUCGUGUCCGUCAACGUGUCAUUCAAUGGGCAAAAAAAGGGAGUGUCGUUCGUGGGCCCUAUCCGCUGCAGCAAUGAACAGUUCGGAAUCGAGGCCAACUGCGAGAAGUACAGGUCAGUGGGUAAACAGGACAGCUACACAUAUCUUAUUGAUCCUGACGGUCCACCCACAGACGGAAACGGUAACGUCUAUAGACGACGGAAGAAGAGGGCCCUGCUUACAAAGAUCGCCAACGUCGCUCCGUUUCAUGCUCAGUGCGUGAUGCAGUCAGAACCCCCAAUGGGCAUCACAAUCAUCCAACACAACGAAUAUGCGACGGUGCGAUUCAACCGCGGAAGCAAGGACCUUGCGCUCAACUACAGGUACGUGACCAAAGAUCAGCUGAUGGCCUUGAAGACGAGGUGCACGUACGUCCAACAACACGUCAAACUCACCUGUAACAAGUUCCAGCUCCACCCAUCGGGCCCAAGAGGUAAGUUUGCCAAGUGGACGGCGCUGAUCAACAACUUCAAAUAUACCUACUGGUCCGGAAACGGCACACAUACGAACUGUGAGGGCCCUGGAGGCGAGGAUGUUUGCCAAUGUGACAGCUCGAACACGGCAACCACUCCACUGGUUGAUGAAGGAGAUCUCACCAACAAGAACGCUGUGCCGCUUGGAAAGAUUCAGUUCUACGAAGAAAGCAUUACCGGCGACGGUUACCUCGAUGCGGAGAUUGGACCGUUCAAGUGUUUCGAGGUGUUCAAGACCUGUACGGAUGUGUACAGCGCCGCCAGAAGGAGGAUCAGGUUUGGAGAAAGUCUACCAGAAAACGGCCGCUUCACCAUCGACCCUGAUGGCAGUGGUGGUGUAGAUGCUUUCCAAGUUGACUGCAAGUUUCCCCGCACUAUUUUGCCAGCAACACCAGGCGGCGAUUCAUUGCAAGGCACUGGUACCGACCCAGUUGAGGAGUGUUUUGACAUCACCUAUCUGGACGGCGGUGGGAAGAACCUGUCUCCAGAACAAGUUGUGCAACUUGUGAAGGCGUCGAAUGGAAAAUGCAACCAGAAGCUGAGCCUCAAGUGCACAAACGCCCCCAUUACUGAUCUCAUCAGCUUCACGACAUGCGACGGCGUAAAACAACCAGGAUGGGCCGGCAGUGGAGGUGUGGACAAAUGUGCGUGCGGCGUAACGGGCACGUGCAAGGGCAGCCGCUCCGCAAAAUGUAACUGCGACGUUGAGGACGGUAAGGAGCAUGAGGACGGUGCUAUCAUUGUGGACAAUGCUCGUAUUCCUGUGUGCAAGGUGUGCAUUAAGCUGAACGGUACCCUCUCAGAUCCAUCCAAUCCCAACCCAAGUCGAUCAGCCUCCUUCACCGUCUCCAACCUCGUCUGCAGCAACGGUGUGUCGGGUGUCAGGGCCAACUGCCAGGACGCACGAACCAGCUCCUUCGUUAGUUCCUCCAGCACCAUCUACGUGAGGGCCAACCCUCGUCCCGUGCCCGUCUUCUGCGAUUACAGGGCCUUCCCUCCUGCAGGCGUCUUUCAAAUGUUUCCCAAAGAACCAAAUAUCACCAUUCCCCCCAACCAACCGAUCGACGAAGUUGUGGAAUACUACUCCUUCAAUCUGACGGAGAUCCUUCCUCUGCUCGACAACUUCGAGUAUUGUACCCAGAAGAUUGAAAUGUCCUGCCAAGAUGCCGCCCUCAGUGUACAGGGACAGUUCGGCUGGUAUAACCGACAGGGUGCCGUGCAGUCCUACUGGGUGGAGCCUCUCAGAGAUGGCGUCCCGUGCACGGGUAACAACGGCCUGUGCAACUGUAACCUGCCUGGAAGCCAGGAAGAUGGCGGCCUCAUCAUUGACCAGACAGCGCUUCCCGUCACCCGGAUCAAGCUCGAGGCCUCGUCAGGAACCAGGAAUGUCUUCCUUGGACCCGUUGAGUGUUAUGACAUCAAGAAGGACUGCUAUGAAAUCAUGAAAAGUCGCAACAAACGCACCGUCUACUGGAGGAACAGCACCUACGUCAUCGACCCCGACGGUCCAGGCGGCGUCGACCCAUUCAUCGCUGUGUGCAAGUUUGAUGAGUCCAAUGACAACGCCAUCACAAUGGCAUACCCUAUUGAUGGUGGGCCGAAGACAGUCACAGGUACAGAUAGUAAAGACUUUGAGAUCCCCCUCAACUACCCUGGAGCCACACCAGAACAACUCAACGAACUGGCCAAACACUCUAAGUUCUGUAUGCAGGGAGUGCUAUACGAGUGCAGGGAGUCUCCUAUCGGAUCACUGAAGCUAGCUGAUGGGGACGUUGCACCUGGAUUUGGACUUGCUGAUGACAUAACAACAAAGGGAUGUCCCUGCGGGAAAUUGGGCACCUGCGGCACCAACAACACGUGUCGCUGUGACAACAAGGGGCCAAUGGGAGACUUCGACAGAGGCGUCAUCACCGCCAAGGACGAGCUCCCCGUCGUGUCUGCUUCCUUUGGAGGACAGAGCACCCCUAACGCUGUAGGCAAAGCCACCAUCACGUCACUCAACUGUUCCCGUAUCCCUGACGGUCUGCCAGAGAACUGCCAAGAAGCGGCAGAGAUGGGGAUGACCAGCGGGGAAAUCCUCGUCUACCCUUCCAGCGCCAUCCCUCCCUUCCUCGUCUACUGCGACAUGAACCUCGUCCCCGGAAAAGGUAUUGCUCGGGUGAAGCCGGUGGAUGACCCGGACAAGCCUGUAAAUAGUCCAAAUGGUACGACAGACGUUCCAUACAAAGGUUUGACCGAUGAGCAGCUUAGGAUUCUUAUCGAGACUUCAACGAAUUGUUACCAACCCGUCCUUGUGGAUUGCUUCAAGACAGGGUUUAUCAAGGACGGUUCCUUCUCCUGGAAGGGGUUGGACGGCCAGACCAAAAGGUACUGGGGGAGCGGCAGCAACCUUGCCCAGACCUGCUCCUGUGGAGACGACGGCAUGUGCGGCGGCGUCGGCGGUAAAGACGACAUGUCACAGAGGAAGUGCAACUGUGAGAUCGGUGAUGCAGUGUGGAGGAAGGAUGGCGGCGUGCUCAGCGUCAAGGUGGACCUCCCCAUCAGGAGCUACACCUACACCACCCCCGGCAGUAACGGCGCCCAGGCCAACAUGACCAUCGGCGACUUGUACUGCGGCAUGCAAGAGAUCGAUCUUCCCGUGUGCGACAUGGACUUCGACGACUGCGCGGAAGAGGCGGAGUGUGAGAACAAGAGGGUCAGCGACUUCAACUGCCAUUGUAAGCAGGGCUACCAAGGUCUCAUCCGUGGUCAGGGCAUCAACGACGUGUGGGCCAACGGCAGAGAAUGUUUCGAUGACGACGAGUGUUCCUACCUGAGAUGCGCCUACAGUUCUGUGUGUUUCAACUACCCCGGUGAUUUCAACUGCACGUGCAAGGAAGGGUACAGGACGACUGGGAAGACCACGUGCGAAGACAUUAACGAGUGCACGGAGGGGACACAUGACUGUAAUAAGGACGCUAAGUGUGAGAACUUGGAUGGAAGCUUUAUCUGCAAGUGUAAGAGAGGCUUCGUCGGCGACGGCAGGACUUGUGACGCUCAAGGCCAAUGCGUGUGUUUCGGCGACCCCCAUUGCCUGUCGUUUGACGAGAAGUGGCUGGACUACAUGGGUCUGUGCGAGUACACCAUGAGCCGGGACAACUGUGGUGCCGGGGAACCAACGUACGAGGUCAUCAUGAACUCUUGGGACAAGGAACUCAAUGUACAAUAUGCCGCCUGGGUGAAGGGGAUCACCAUUAAGUACAAAGGCACUGUGGUCGAAAUGAGACAGGGUCGGGAGAUCCGUGUCAACGGACAGAUCAAAGCCGGCUACAGCGGGAACGGCUUCUCCGUGAUCGACACCGGCAGGGAAGCGAUCUUCAGCAGCAACAUCAACCUGACAGUGGCCUGGGACGGGAAGGACAAGGUCCAGAUCUUCGUGGACAAGAAGUUCCAGCAGAAGACGUGCGGCAUCUGUGGCAACUAUAACAACGACGCCAAGGACGACUGGACGAUAGGACCAGGAUGUCCAAAUGCAGGCCAGAUCACAACCAACAACAAUGAAUUCGGUACCUCGUGGGCAUCGGAAACAUCAGCAAAACGCAGUCCCAAGUGUAAGAGGGACUGUGAUGAGCCCCCAUCCAUGAACCCUCCCUGUGGUAUGAGUCAGCAGAUGGCGGCCAUGAUGUGUGGCUAUCUCCUUGGACUGAGGACAUCCGUCUUCAAAGACUGCAUCCCUAAGAUCAACUCCAUCAUCAUGGAGGGAUUGUACAGAAGCUGCAACAUCGACAUGUGCCGCUCGCCCCAGACCGCCAUGGACAACAUGUGCGCCACGGCGGGGAGGGUUGCUGACGAGUGCCGCGCUAUAGGAGAACAGAUCCCGGUAUGGAGGAACGCCAACGGUCUCCGUUGUGGGGAAUCCUGUGGGGUGAACAUGGUGUACAGUGUGUGUGGUGGUAUGGCCGACACCGACCCAGGUCCGGUACAGACGUGUCUAGGGAUGCUGACCAACGCCACGGAAGUCCCGUCCAAGUCGUGUCUGGACGGCUGCUUCUGCAAGGACGGGUACUACAAGGACAAGGACCACUGUGUGCCCGCGGCGGAGUGUGGAUGUAUCUACGAGGAGAACAACACGACCACCUACAUGGAGGCUGGUGAAACAGUCGUCAAUGAUGGCUGCGGAGCGUACAGAAUCUGCAACGAAGGCAACGUGUUCAACAACAAAUCCCUCGUGUGUGACCCCGACGCUGAAUGUGACCUUAACCUAGAACUAGGUGUCUAUGGUUGCCACUGCAAAGCUGGAUUCAUGGGCGAUGGCGAGAAGUGCGAAGAGGAUCCAUGUUACAACGUCAAUUGCACCAAGAACCAGGAGUGCAAGGCGGGCAAAUGUGUGUGCAAGAUGGGCUACACUGCGGACUGCGAGACGUGUGUGGAUAUCGACGAGUGCGCCACGAGGACACACAACUGCACCAAGCCAGGCCAGGAGUGCAGGAACAUCGAUGGCGGGGCGGAGUGCAUCUGCAAGGAGGGCUAUUAUGGCGUGGAGGACUUCUGUCUCGAUUUUGACGAGUGUGCCACAGGAAAAGACAACUGCCCUCCAAACUCUGAGUGCAAGAACACAAGAGGCGGGUUUGAGUGCGUGUGUUGCGGGGGCUUCAAGAAGCAGGGUCUGCAAUGUGUCAGUGAUGGCUCUGGUUUCGAGAGUGUUGGCAAUGGAACAAUAUGCUGUUCCUGCUUCGGAGAGUCCUGCAGCAACCCAGGAAAGGUUUGUGGAAGUGACGGGAAGACUUACAAUUCAGAGAAGGAACUGAUCAUCAAAGCCUGCAAGAACCAAAACUUCGUGGAGAAAUCCUACGAUGGUCCAUGCAGAGAUGACUGUGCCAACACGGAGUGCGAGCUGCCCAGCCAGGUGUGUGUGGUGGAGAAUGGCAAGGCAAAGUGUCAAUGCCCUGUGUGUACGGAGUCGGAGGCCAAUGUUACUAUAGAGGCAGUGUGCUCCUCUACUCACCUGAUGUUCAAGAGCAGGUGCGACUUCGAUAAGUAUACGUGUGGCAUCGGCAACUCGGAGAUCACCAUCGUCUCCACUGGCAAGGAAUGUGAAGGAUCUGGAGCAGGUUACCCUAUGGCACAGUGGGGACCGUGGGGACCCUGCAGUGUUACAUGUGGUACUGGGUUCGAAUCAAGGACACGUGUUCCCCUUGGCAACGCGUUAGACUCAAAUGGCAACCCACUGAAGGAGACGGCCAUCGCCUUGUGCUACAGGACAUGCCCAGAAGGACCCUGCACUGCCACCACGUGCCCCAAGGCCCAGGUGUGUGUUUCCAACAAUGAGACCUCUUCAACCAACUGUACCUGCCGCAAGUGUGACAACCGCGGCUACGACCCCGUCUGCGGCCGUGUGGGCAACUUCGUCAGGACCUACGUCAACCUGUGCGAGCUGGAGAAGGAUGCCUGUGUCAAGACCCUGCCCAUGACAAUCGUACAGGACUUCGCUUGUGAAGUGAAACCAGUGAACUGCUCCAAGAUGGCAGCAUGGGGGUCCAGGAAAGACGACAAGGGGUGCGAGUCCAUCUUCAUGGACUUCGGUCAGUGCGGAGGAGGUUGUGGGCAGAUAGCAACUAAGUGCUGCACGCCCAAAGUUGAACAACAGUCCAUACAAGUCAAGUGUAUCGGACAAACAGCCUACAAUACAACUAUGGAUGUUAUAACCAGCUGUGAUUGUGAGGAAACCAAAGCUCCAAGCAGCACGCCGCGAACAGGCAUCCUUUAAUCUAGGUUGUCUCCCCUUCCUUACUCUGGAUGGAGGCCGUAGAUACACAGAAGCUGAAAGCCACUACAUCACGUCGUACAGUGUUGUGAAACAAACCGAUUCUAAGAUAGUGUGUAAAUAAGGGAAUAUCGUUUUGAUGAUGUGAAUUAGAAAAAAUAUAUUUUAUGAGUUUCAGCAUGUUCCUGAGUAUAAGGCCAAAUACAUAUUUUUUUAAAUCAUUUAUGUUAACAUAUGAAUAUGUGCAGCUUUCUGAUGUCAAUAGUAUCACGUGCAACGUUGCCAAGCUGACGAAAUGUGCAAUAUUUGGGAUACGGGUCUGCUUAUUCACAGAUACCAGCUUUGUCUUCCAGUGCUAUUAUCAGUAGUAUUAUAUUCUGUGAUUUUCUAUUUCAGGGAGAAAUAAAAGAUAUAGUUUGACUAAACUGUUUCCUGUUACUUUGUAUUUCUAUCUAUUUACAGACUUCAUCCAGUGAAUAAAAGUGCAAUAUAG